AAAAGAAAAUCAACAGUGAGUUAGCGCGUCUUUAUCGACGACAGACAGCUCUCCCUAGCUUCUUCUCGAAAGAAAUAGCAAGAAAAUCGCCUCAUAGAAAGCAACUUCCUACUGCUUGCCUUUGCGACUUGUUUGAAACCCCCCAUCCCCUCCAACCACCCCGUUUUCUACUUCAAUGGUAAUGGCGUCCUCUCCUCUUCGCCUCCUCUUCUUCCCUUUACUUCUUUCGUCCAUUCUCCUGCUGAAUCACCCAGUCAAAUGUGAUGAUGAGGAUGAUACUCUUCUUCAAGGCAUCAACAGCUAUCGAGCAUCCCUGAACUUGACAGCUCUACCACAUAAUGACAAUGCAGAGUGCCUUGCUGAUGAGAUAGCUGACAAAUUCAAGAAUCAACCCUGUACAAACACCACUGGCUCCAACACAAUACCAGGCACCGAACCUCAAUUCUCUGACUACCCUAACCUUUUAGCCAAAUGCCAUUUGAAUUUCUCCAACACGCAGGAUGGGGCCAUAAUGCCUGCUUGCGUACCCAACCUGGAGCCAAACCUUGUCCUCUCCAACUUCACAAAGUCUCAAUAUUCAGGAAAUCUCAAUGACACUAAGUACACAGGAGCAGGGAUUGGGUCUGAAAAAAAUUGGAUUGUUGUUGUUCUGACCACAAACACAUCCACUGGAAGCUUUGUUCCUUCAACUAAUGCUGCCAGUUUGGUUUCCAGGGUUGAUUUGAUCCACCACUUGCUGUUUUUGCUGAUGGUUUCUAUUUUGCUGCUGUAAAUAAGACGAUGGCCAUUGACCUUUCAUUUCUUGGCAGUUAUUGGAGAAUUAUUGAUCAAUUGGCCACGUUAUAAACUUACAAUACACGAAUCUUCUUAAUUUCCAACAGAGAGAGGGAAAGAGUGAAAGAAUUACGGAAUACAGCCUAUUUUACAGUGAAAAUACGUACUCAUUCCUACAUCUGUUGAUCUGCCAUGUGGUGCUAGAUGGUAGAAUGUUGGACGGGACAGCUAAUUAAUUAUGGUCAUUGCGUGAUGUUUUCUUUUUA